AGGUCCUGCAUGGGUAUUUCUUGGAUGGGGUGGUGAUGCUCACCGGCUGUGACAAGACGACCCCGGCUUGUUUGAUGGCGGCUGCUACUGUGAAUAUCCCCGCCAUCUGUAUGAACGUCGGCCCCAUGCUCAAUGGGUAUGUCAAGAACGAGCUGGCGGGUUCGGGCAUGGUGGUCUGGAAGGGCAGGGAGAAGUAUGCCGCCGGGGAGAUCAACACGGAACAAUUUGUGGACUAUAUUUCUCGAGGAACACCGUCUGCGGGACACUGCAACACAAUGGGCACGGCGUCGACGAUGAACGCCCUGGCUGAAGCCUUGGGUAUGGCGCUACCUGGCUCAGCCGCCAUCCCUGCUCCUUAUCGCGAGCGGAGCCAAUGCGCAUAUGAGACUGGCGUCCGAAUAGUAGAGAUGGUCCAUUCCGAUCGCAAACCGAGCGACAUCAUGACGCGGGAAGCCUUUGAAAAUGUGAUAGCGGUGAACACAGCCAUUGGGGGUAGCACCAAUGCUCCCAUCCACAUCAACGCCAUUGCGAAACACAUAGGAGUUGACCUGUCGCUCGAUGACUGGGAUCGUCUGGGGUUCCAUAUCCCCCUCCUCCUGAACAUGCAACCUGCGGGGGAGCUGCUGGGCGAAGAAUAUUACCGUGCAGGCGGACUGCCUGCGAUCAUGGCCGAACUGCUGGACGCAGGGAAGCUGAACGCAGGAGCCAUCACAUGCAAUGGUCAUACAGUAGCGGAGAAUGUGCGGGGGAAACACACCUGGGACCGUCGGACGAUCCGGGCGUAUGACGAACCGAUUCUUCAAGAUGCCGGGUUUCUCCACCUGCAGGGUACGCUGUUCGAGUCGGCCAUCAUGAAGACCUGUGUGAUAUCGGAACAAUUCAGGAAGAGCUUUCUGGAGAACCCCGCCGACCCCAAUGCUUUCGAGGGGGCGGUAGUGGUUUUCGACGGGCCCGAAGACUACCACCAUCGGCUGGAAGACCCUGCAACCCCCAUCACCGACAAGAGUAUCUUGGUGAUGCGCGGGGCUGGACCGCUCGGUUACCCCGGUGCAGCAGAGGUGGUCAACAUGCAUCCUCCGGGGAAACUUUUGCGACAAGGAGUCAAAUCGCUCCCUUGCAUUGGCGAUGGCCGACAAUCGGGUACCUCCGGAUCUCCGUCGAUUCUGAACGCGAGCCCCGAGGCAGCUGCAGGGGGGAAUCUGGCCAUCCUGAAGGAUGGCGAUCGGCUGCGUGUUGACCUCAACAAACGCCGGGUAGAUAUUCUCGUUUCAGCGGAGGAACUGCAAAGACGUCGGGAUGAACUCGAGGCCAAAGGAGGUUACGGGGUACCGGAAAGUCAGACUCCAUGGCAAGAGUUGUUCCGCAAAGAGACGGGGCAGCUGGACGAAGGGAUGGUUCUUCGCGGAGCAGUCAAGUUCCAACGGUUGGCCCAACGUUAUGGGGCACCGAGACAUAACCACUGAUGAAAUGACGCCAGAACUGAAAGUGAAAUGAUUAAUCUCGCCAGAUGAUGGUGAUUCUUGGUCUAGUCCUGCUUGUAUGGAAUGUGCGCACUGGCUUUGGGUCAAGUGAUGUAGACUCCAGUCUUGGCCAGUAAUUCCUCUCUUGGAGUAUGGUGCAGAGAAU